AGUCCAGGGCUCGAGACAGGGCUCGCGGAGAAGAGACAGCAAGUCUGGUGAGACGCGCAUCUUCUUUAUUGAGAAUCCUCCGCGCAGAUUCAGCGCAGUUUCAGCACCAGCGCUCCGCGGACAGCGACCGGGACCGCGCAGAUUCAAUCUCACUACAGCGGCACUUUUUUAACGGGAGCCAGUUGGAUACUGUUUUUGCGCGGUUUGGCGCAAAAGAGAUUUGGGCGCAGAUCACGCUGAGGCGCAGCUGUUUGCGCAGUUUCACGCGAGUUGAAGCGCUCUGAGGUUUGAUGUGAUGCCAUUCGCAGCUGGAUAUCUGCCAUAGGCUGCCGUGGAAACGCGCGGAGCCAAUCGCUCCGGUAUGAAGUGCGCUUCUCCAGCAGCGCUGCCGCUCUGAGCAGGGAUCGCCUGUCCGUCCGGGGGGAGGAUGCUGUUAGGAAAUGCCUGGAGAAAGAGAGGAUGAGAUUUGUCGAAAGGCGCUGGAACUACUGACCGAGUUGUGCUCCUCUGGAGAAGUGCAGAAUGACAACUGCAUGGAUUUUAUCUACUACUUCCGAGACCUGGGCAGACCGAGGUACUCGGACUCAGAUGUGUCGGUGAGUCUCCUGUCGUUGAUGGUGACAUCCUGUGGCCUGGCUCUGUUCGGCGUCUCGCUCUUCGUGUCCUGGAAGCUGUUCUGGGCGCCAUGGCGGGACCGCUGUCUGCCGGCCAGCCUGAAGGAGCAGCACGGCGAGCAGCAGCCUGUCCUGAUCGAGGAGGAGCUCCUGGAUCGAGAGUACAGCACAGACUUCGCCAAGGAGAACUCCGGACCCAUGCUGCUGCCGGAGUCGGCCAUGAAGAUCAGCCACACCUCACCAGACAUCCAUCUGGAGGCCCAGACCAAGAUCAAGGAGCAUAACCACGUGCACAUCGCUCGCGUGCAGAGGCAGGUCACCGAGCCCACCUCAUCCGUCCGACACAACUCCAUCCGGAGGCAGAUGAACCUCUCCAACCCCGACUUCAACCCGGCUCAGUUCCAGCGGCAGGAGUCUCUGUCUGGUCCGGGUCUGGGCCGGAUUAAACCUGAACUCUACAAGCAGCGCUCCGUGGACACGGACGACGGGAGGCGAGCGGACAGCUGCGGUCGGCUCCACUUCAUCCUCAAGUACGACUGCGACCUGGAGCAGCUGAUCGUAAAGAUCCACAAGGCCGAGGAUCUGCCCGCCAAGGACUUCUCAGGAACCUCGGACCCGUACGUGAAAAUCUACCUACUGCCCGAACGCAAGACCAAGCAUCAGACCAAAGUGCACCGCAAGACUCUGAACCCCGUGUUCGACGAGGUCUUCCUGUUUCCUGUGGCCUACGCCGAGCUGAACAUGCGCAAACUGCACUUCAGCGUCUACGACUUCGACCGCUUCUCCCGCCACGAUCUGAUUGGACAGGUGGUGGUGGACAACUUCCUGGACCUGCCCGACUUCCCCAGGGAAACUAAACUCUGCAAAGAUAUCCUCUACGUCACAGCGGAUAAUGUGGACUUGGGCGACCUGAUGUUUUCGCUCUGCUAUCUUCCAACUGCUGGCCGACUGACUAUUACAAUUAUCAAGGCCAGAAACCUAAAAGCCAUGGACAUCACAGGAGCCUCUGAUCCCUACGUAAAAGUCUCUCUCAUGUGUGACGGACGGAGACUGAAAAAGAGGAAAACGUCCACCAAGAGGAACACACUCAACCCAGUCUACAACGAAGCCAUAGUUUUUGACGUCCCUCCAGAAAACAUAGACCAAAUAAGUCUUUUAAUAGCAGUGAUGGACUAUGAUCGCGUAGGCCAUAAUGAGAUUAUCGGCGUGUGUCGAGUGGGGAACACGGCAGAGAGCCUGGGCCGAGAUCACUGGAACGAGAUGUUGACGUACCCACGCAAGCCCAUCGCACACUGGCACCCGCUCAUAGAGUGGAGUGGUCAGGGGAACACGAGUGGAAGUCACGGCUCCUGCAACUCCCUCAAGGCUCCUCCAUCACCCUGAAGGAUGCGCUGAACCCCGGCUCAGAGGAGAGCAGCAGAGCCCGGAUCACAGUGUUGGGGGGAAAACAAGGGGAAAAGUGAGAAAUCUCAGUGAAAGGUCACUAGAAAAACGUGUGCACACACUCGAUCAAGCGGCGCACACCCGGGACUUUUUUCCAGAAGGUGAUGAAGAGUGUCUAUUCUACUGCAUGUCAAAGUGACUGUGUUCGAGUAGCCUACUGUUUAAGAAUUAAAAAGUACAAACGAACAAAACUGGAAAUCGGGGAAAAAAACAAAAACGCAGUUCCAGUUUUGUUUAAAACUCUAUUUGAGAGGUAAGUAUUUUUGACAUGGUCAUGUUUUUUUCUGUAUCUGUAUAACACAUUGUAAUACUUCUUUGAUGUUUCAAGUCCAGUGCAUGGGAUCUAUUUUGUGUAAUUUUGUUCUUACAGUGUAAAAUGUCUAUUAUUAUGUAUGAAAAUACAUAAAGUACAAUAGCAAAGUUGUUCGUCCAUGAUUACUGCACAUCAACAUCAGAGUGAAGGUCAGUGGUCAAAGACGAGUAACCCUCAGAACCCUACAGAUGGAUUUUCUGUCCAAAAUUGCACCGUGUGUUUUCAGCUUACUUACUCGGGAAUCCCUUCACACAUAAACAUAAUCCAUACAUGGUUAGAAAGGGCGGAGCUUACUCUUUCUAAAAAAUGCAAUGACAUCCCAUUGCGGUAAAGCUAAAUCUACAAGAAACCCAUUGAGAAAAACACCUUAAAAAGUGAAAAAUCUCCUUCCCCAACCAAUAUUAUUUACCUUUAGUGCUUCAAACAUAUUUAUAUGAUGUUUCAAACCAAAUAAUAUCAGUAAAUAAAGACUCAAAAGUGUC